CGCAAAAAAAAGGGACCAGAGUCGAUUUGUUUUUUUUGGACUGUGUUGAUUGGUCAGCUCCGACUAGAAUGCAGCGAGAUUUUUCAUUGCAAAUGGAGGCCCAAUUCACGCGCUUAAAGGCUUUGAUUAUCAGUACCAGUGCAUUGGACAAACUAAUUGAAUUGCUGGAGAAUGUUCUAUAUGGAGAAAUUGAGCAUGACGAAGGAGUUUGCACACUUUUCGAUCACAUAGAUGAAAUUCUCAAGAAUCUCCGGUCAUUUUGCCCUAUUGGAGGAAGAAAAGGUAUACACCUUGCUCCUAUUGUGAAGGACACAUCUGGAUAUGAGAGACUAAGAGUUGAGCCGCACCCUAAGAAUGAAAACAAUAGCGAGUUUCUCGUCAUGAAGGAAGAUGAUAAUGUUACUAUUAAAAAUGAUGAGUCAUCCCACAAGUCAGAUCUUGCACUUUAUGAUACAUCAGGUGUUGUGGACACUACAAGAUUUUCUUCCUCUGUAACAUCGUGCGUCCCUUCUUCUCUUUCUCCUUCUUUCUUUUUUUCUUUCUUUUUCUUUCUCCUUUUCCAUCUUCCUCAUCUCUCCUCCGUUCCUCCUAUCUCCGCCGGCUCCAUAAACAUGGAUAAUGCACUGGUCCUUUUUCCGACGCCCAAGGAGAUCGAGACCGCCAACAAGAUCCCCCCCUUCGUCGACACCUUCUACAACCUCGUCACAGACAUUUACGAGUGGGGUUGGGGCCAAUCCUUCCACUUCUCCCCCUCCAUCCAGGGGAAAUCCCAUCGCGACGCGACCCGAAUACACGAAGAGAUGGCUGUCGAUCUGCUCGGAGUGAAGGCCGGCGACUGAAUCCUGGACGCCGGCUGCGGCGUGGGGGGGGGGGGUCCGAUGCGUGCCAUUGUUGCCCGUCCUAGACGCCGGUUUCUCCUCUUUCUUCAAUUUCCCCUUCUUCUUCCCCGUCUCCAUCCCCGUCCACCGUCCCUGCCGACGAACGUAUGUUUCAGUCCACCGCCGAUUGCAAGUCUUAAAAAUUAUUUUACGAAGCAUCAAAAGGCUCGGUGACGAUGUCAAGUU